CAAACGUAAAGCACGAAAUUCCCGUUGUCAGGGGAGAGUAGGAAGCAGGAAGUAAAUUGCACGAUAUUUUUGUCGUGAAGCUUAUAGGUUAGAUAGCCCAGUGAAUGGUGUUCACACACCCAAUUCUAGUUUUUGGUGAUUCUGUGCCUUUAAUUAUCACAGGGAAGAAUCACUGUGCGACAGGCAACCCUGAGAAACUUAUGAUUCAGUUCUGACCCGUUUCUGUUUGCUGGUGUCGCCAUGAGCCGCAGUCGAAACGCCCAGCCCCGGGGCCAGGGGGCUGCCAAGGCCAGGCAGAUGGGGCUGCUGCUGGAUCUGGACGGGGGGGCGGACCUCGGGGGCGAUGAUGGUGACCUGGAGGCGGAGCUUCUGUCCCUGAUGGGCGACGGUGGGCAGCCGGGGGGGAAAAAAAAGGGAGGCAGAGCGCCGGUGCCGAUGGAGGACAUCGAGCGCAUGGCCGCCCUCUGCAUGAAGGACCUGGAUGAGGAAGGAGACGAUGAGGACGACGCGGACUUGGAGGGCGACGCGGACCUCUUGGCGGAGCUGAACGACGUUUUGGAGGACGACGCGGAAGAGGAGAAGCCCGCGCAGAAGACGGCCCCCCCGUCCGCCGCCCCGUCCGCCGGUGGUUCGGGAGGGGUGGAGGCGUGCCUCGCGGAGCGCAUCGACAUGUACCAGGCCGCCAUCGGCAACGCCAAGGCCGCGGGGGAGUCCAGCAAAGCGCGCCGAUACGACCGCGGCCUGAAGACCCUGCAGUCCCUCCUGGCAUCCGUGAAGAAGGGGAAGCCGAUCAACGAGGAGGACAUCCCCCCUCCCGUCGCUGUGGGCGGCAAGCCCGCCCCCGAAUCUCAGCCUGAGCCAAUCAGAGAGGCGGAACGGCCGUCUCCGGAGCCUGUGCCCGCCCCUCCCGUCAGCGAGAAGCCCCUCCGGGACGCGCCGGCCCCGCCCUCCAGACCCCACCUCCUCACGCCCCCGCAGAAGAGCUCAGCCAUGACCCCAGACACGCCCCUCAUCUCCCCAAUGACCCCCGGCCAACCGGAAGCACAGCAUUCAGAGGCUAAGAGCCUGGUGCUGGGCAGGCAAAGGGAGUACAAGUUGGCCGCCAUCUCCGCCAAGCAGGGCGGGGACACGGAUCUCGCCAAGCGUCUCUACCUGAUCGCCAAGAGGUUAGACCCUGUGGUGGAGGCCCUGGACCGAGGAGAGCCGCUGGACGUCGGCACCCUUCCGCCCCCUCCUGGAGAUGCCGUGGCCCUGAGCCCAGCUCCUCCUCCUCAGCAGUCCUCCCAGCCCUCCCCUGCAGCACCCCCGGCCCCUGCAGCGCCCCCUGUGGCCGAUGCUGUUCUCUCUGCUCCCCGCAGUGUGGCUGAGGCUCUGCAGCAGCGCAUGGACCGGUACAAGGCCGCCGCAGAGGGAGCCAAGAGCAAGGGAGACGACCGCAAGGCCCGCAUGCACCAGCGCAUCGUCAAGCAAUACCAGGAUGCAAUCAGAGCCAACAAAGCUGGACGCCCUGUCAACCUGUCUGACCUCCCCGUGCCUCCCGGCUGUCCGCCGCUCCAGGGCGCUGAAAGCGGGGAGCAGAACUUCAUGGGCGUCCUGGAGAACGCCAUGAAGCUGGCCAAUCAGGACGCAGACGCGGAGGAAGAGGGGGGGUCGGAGGAGGGCGUGGCGAAGCCGUCAGCGAGACCGGCCGCCCAGCGUGCCAAGGCCCCUCCCCCCGCCGGCUCCACUGCCCCGGACACGCCCUCCGCCCAGGGUCAGGGGUCAAAGCUGGGCCCGAAAGCUCAGCAGCAGCUGGACUUCCUGCUGAGGCGCCGGCAGCAGUUCAUGCGCGCGGCGCUGCGCUCCAAGCAGAUGAGGGACAUGCCGGGCGCGGCCCUGCACCUCCGGCACGCCAAGGGCCUGGACCCCAUGAUCAGCGCCGCCAAGGGGGGGCUGCCCGUCGACAUCUCCAAGGUGCCCAGUGCUCCGGUCUCCGAGGAUGACUACUCGCUGGCUCAGUCGCGAAGCUCUCCUCUCUCCCCUCGCACCUCUGAGCAGUACGCCCAGCUCAUGGACCACCUGCGCCAGCAGCAUGAGAAGUGCCUGGGAUACUCCCAGCAGUUCACCCACAUGGGCAACGUGGCCGAGACCUCCAGGUUUGAGAAGCUGGCGGCCGAGUGCAUGAAGAGCAUCGAGAUCCUGAAAACGGCUCACGCCAAGGGCCUGGCCGUGCCGCGCUUCCACACCGAGGAGCGGACCUUCAGCGCCGUCAAAAUCUUCCCAAACCUGACGGCCAACGACCUGGUGCUGACUGUAGUAAAGGGAAUAAACCUCCCAGCACCACCAGGAGUCUCUGCCAGUGAUUUGGAUGCCAGUGUGCGCUUUGAAUUUCCAUUCCCCAGCUCGGAAGAGCCCCAGAAAGACAAGACCAGCACUGUGAAAGACACCAACUGUCCAGAGUACAAGGCGAAGUUUAAGCUGAACAUUAACCGAGGUCACAGGGGCUUCAAGAGGGUGGUCCAGUCUAAGGGCAUCAAGUUCGAGGUCGUCCAUAAAGGAGGGCUGUUAAGGUCGGAUAAGGUGGUGGGGACUGCACAGCUUAAACUGGAAUCUCUGGAAUCCCAGUGUGAGAUCAGAGAGAUGAUAGAGGUGCUGGAUGGGCGGAAGCCCACGGGCGGGCGUUUGGAGGUGCGUGUGAAGAUUCGGGAGCCGCUGGGGGGGCCGCAGCUCCACACGGUCACAGAGCGCUGGCUGGUGCUGGACCCCCUCCCAGAGCCCCCCCCGAGGGAGAGGGAGAGGGAGAGCGCCCCGAGGAGAGGGGACCAGGGGCCCCCCCACAAGAAAGAGGUUUCCUUUCCGAAAUCGUCAGAACGACCGCAGAACGACCACGGGAAGAACUCCAGCCGCUCCCCGCCCCAGUACAAACUCCACAGCUUCAAACUGCUCGGCUACGACAAGGAGAGGCUGGAGAGGAAGAUAACAGAGUACAAGAGGAGCAGGAGGGAGGUUCCUCCAGACCUGCUGCAGCAGCACAGAGAACUGAGUCACCGCCUGCACUGGCAGAGUGCACAGCUGGAGAAGGCCUCUCCCAGCCUGCUGUCAGAGUAUGAGAGGGUGCUGCAUCGGCUUGCUCAGGGCCUGGGUGAGGGGGUGAAGAAGUACUCCAGCCAGGGAAACAGAGAGGCCGCGAAGGACGCACUGGGGAGGAUGAGGAUGGUGGAGAGCGAGAUGGAGAACCUGAGGAGGAGACGCACCGUCUGAGCUGAGAGAGGAGGAGGAGGAGGAGGAAGAAGAGAGGGGAGCUGAGGCAUGGGCUGGCGUGGUGUUCAACACACACACACACACACACUCACGCACGCACACACACACACACACACACACACACC